AUGUUGAAUGCCGGCGUCGAGGAAGGGGCGCAUAGCCCCGUUUUUGGUGGGAGAGAUGGCGCAUCGACGGAGCUACCGUUGGCCGGGCUCCCUCGAUAUCGCACUAUCGCAGAAGCGCCCAAACUACCGGCUGGUGAGGGUGCUGAAAGUGUACAGCUGCCGGAGGGCGCUUUAAUGGGAAUCAUUUUCAACCUGGAACAAGAACGUGAGACAUACCUUGAGGCUGUUGCGGUAUUGCAUCAACAGCUACUAGAGGCGCAAGAACACUGCCAGCAGCUCUCCGACUCUCACGAGCAGAUACGGCGCAACCUAGAGGCUGAGGUGAGCGAGGGUUGGAAGGAGGCCGAGAUUUGGGAAGCGAGGUAUCGUUCGGUAGAACAAGUUGCCAAAUGUAUCGGUUUGGACGUUGCUGGUUUACAGAAACCGGCGAAUACCAAGUUGUGCUCAUCACUGGAAGUGAAGCCAACGAAUCGCGCAAUAUCGUUGAACUCUGACGCAUGCACAGUAGUGACAAUAAAGGACCUACAUCAAACAGCUGCGCAACAAUUCAAUGCGGAGAGUCCUCGUGGAGCACGGUUGCGUCCCGUGGAACGUUUGGAAUCCCCAUAUGAUGACCAUGCACCCGCGAAGACUGGCGUAGUAGUCAGAGCGACGAGUGCUUUGGAAUCGGGUAACAGCAUACUUGCGGAAGACGCUCACAGCAAAGUGAAAGAUUCCAUUACAACAUGGGAAGCUACUUCGUCUGCCCUUUCGACUCGCGAUGUUGAUAGGAAAGGGGUGCAUGAAUCGUCUUUCACGGCAACGCUGCCGAAAAACCGUGUACUAGGUCAUCGUAAGGAAUUCAGUAUAUUCCGCAAUUCUGGAGAUGUCACUACCGAGGGGUUCAAGCCACGUCGACGGAACUUCUUGUGCGGUAACAGCAAGCGUUGCUGCUGCUCUAGUCCUGCAGGUGCCCCGUGCUCGUGCUGUGGUAGCGCAGAUAUAGCUCCACAACAUCUGACGUUCACCGAUCCUUCAACCACUAAUUACCAUGGAUGGGUUUAUUUGAACAGUCCGCGUACGUUGAGUGGGCGGUUUGACCGGUCGUCCAUGGUGAUUCGCAAUGCCAACAUCGGGUCCACGCUUAGCUUGGUGUUUGAAGCAACGGACUUCUAG